CUUCGUUCUUCUGUUCGUGCUUCUUGGUCCAACAUGUUGAAUGAUUCUCAAAGAGUAUGGAGAUGGCUAUAACACCAAAUGAAUGCCUAGGUGUUUGCAAGAGGAACAUCUGAUGCUUGACAAGCGACAGGCACCACUUCUGUGGCCUUACCUUCUGCAAGACGGGUUUGAAUAUGAUGGCCACGACUUUGAUGGAUAUCCGCAGCGCUGCGGAUGGGACUUCUCAGAGUGGUACUCCACAGACCCAUGUGGUGCUGGGCUGGAUAUUCAAGACUGGCUACUUCGUCAAAAGAUGGACAUCGAAACUCGAGAAACGAUGGAAGCCGAACUUGCGGCUUUUCUACAAGCGUGGCUCUUCUUUGGCCUCUUAACCUACCUUUGCGACCCUAUCCUGAUUCAUACCGCUCGUUUUAUCCUCAAUUUAAGUUGUUGCGGUCAAUCGCUUUUGACCACAGCAAGUUUGGAAAGUCUUUUGGUAGAAUAUCGCAAAACCUUCUUCGAAAGGUACCCCAGAGAACGAAAGGAGGCAUGGGAAGACGAAAUAUCGAGACUGAUGUCGCUCUUAGACUCGGCUCACCAGAUCCAAUCGACCCUUGGAUCUGAUCUCGACGAAGAUUCCCUCGAGAUCACUAGGUUUGACGAGAUACAUUUCUUCUCCGGAGUUUUGGUCGGGACCCUUGCUCAUUUCGUGGAAUACCAACUUGACGUACCCUCGGAGUAUAUGGCCCCUCUUUGUCUUGGUGAAAUACCAGUUCUUCAAAAACUAUUAAGAGUUGAAGGCUGGUGCAAAUAUUCGAGGCAACAGUUCACGAAUCUGAACGAACCCGAUAUUCAAGCAUAUGCUUUUGGAUUGAUACGAUAUCGCCGGCGCCAUUGUUUUGACAAAGAUAAAACGCAUCAUUGCCGAGGGACACAGAUUGGGUUGAUUCUCAAUGGCCGCAUUCACUGCACCUGUCCUUGUCACAAAUCCGGGCACGAUGAGCACCGAAAUGUCGGCCAGUGUCUCUGCAAGGCAGAGCCCAAGGACCCUUCACAGAUUGCCAACCCGUCAGGCCCAGCUAGACUCUUGAUUGAACCUGCCACUCCAAAGGGACCUGAUUGCAAUGCAUCGGAUGCUUGUACUGGGCAUGAAUGUGUUGCAGCCAAGGCAGGUGAUGAUUUCGAACCUUAUCACCUCCUGCGAAACUGUGUUUGUCAACAUGAAGGGCCUCCGAUGAGCGAAAUCAUCAAGUUGUUAGAGGAUGGGCAUAUACCGGUUAUUGAAGCCCACCUUCCCAAAAAUUCCUCCUCUCCUUUUUCAUUUACGGUGAGGAAAGCCGUUCUAGGAGAAUACGUUGCCCUAUCUCAUGUCUGGGGUGACGGCCUGGGAAAUCAGAAGAACAACUCCAUACCCCGGUGCCAGCUAAUCUUUUUACUCCAAGCUCUUCACGACCCAGUCGUGGGCGACAAUGGUUGUACCGCUUUCUGGAUCGAUGCAUUCUGCAUCCCGGUUGGGAAAGCAUAUCAGAAGCUCAGAGACUUUUCCAUCCAAAGGAUGCAUGCAAUCUAUAAGGAGUCGUGUUACGGACUGGUCCUCGACGCGGACAUAUCCCUAUCCAUGUCCAAACGCGCCCAACCGGCAGAAAUAUUUACUCGCGUCCUCCUUAGCAACUGGGCAGGGAGACUCUGGACCUUCCAAGAGGGUGCGCUUCCUCCUGUCCUCUUUCUACGGACCCGAGAUGGUAAAGUCCGGUACGACAACCUACUAGAAAGGGUUGAGGAUUACAGGGGCCCAGUAAGCUUGAUGAGGUCCUCACUUGCCCGACUUAGUGGUGUCGUGGCUCAGAGGGAAAACCCUAGAAUCCGUCAACGCUCGCUAAAUGAUGAAGAUACACAGUUUGAAGACGUGAGUCGGUCCGAGGACUGGGGUCAGUUCGAAGACUUGGGUCAAAGUGUACUGAGUGCAUUGCAAUACCGGAGUACCAGUCGAAAGGACGAUGAGGCUGUUUGUAUCGCCACCACUCUCGGGCGCCCUACGGCAUCGAUUCAGAAUUGUCAAUCAGCAAAUGACAAGAUCGUGGCCUUGCUGAAGCUGCUCCCGGUAAUUCCUCCCAACAUCUUGUUCAAUGACAGUGUCCGCGAGUGCCUCCCCCACCCCGGCUACCGAUGGUGCCCAACUACCAUGCUGCUACCUCAAAGUGGAAUCGGGCUUUAUUUGAACCGAGAGAUCGAAUGCGCUUCCGGUCAUCUGUAUCGCCGCCCGUUCGUUCGACUCCACCCACGAGGACGGGGGGUUGUUUGCCAUUGCCAUGCGAUUCGGAUCUUUCCCUCCGCUGAUAAAAGCCUGCGCUGGGACAUCACUCUGACCGGCGGUCGUCGGUGCCUUUUAAGCUUACAUCCCCGAGAUGAAUUGCCUGAAGCCAUGAAGUCUCUGGUGAUACUUUUACCCCACCCAAUGGACGCCAUUGACUCGAGGACGACUGGAAUCUACUGUCUUUUAGUGACUGACCACGAGACUUCGGUAGGUACAUGCCCACAGUCCAAUCAUGAGCCAAUGGCUUCGGGCACGAUUAUACUUCGAGGCGACCUCAAGCCCCACUCCUAUGAUAUCGAGAGCCUAGACAGGGACGAAGUAUCUAGAAUCCAAGGGGAGUUGAUGGAGCCUCGAUGGUGGGUACUGGAUGGAACUGCCCCGUUGUCAUCUUCUGUUUAA